GGGGUGGGGUGGGGAGAGCAGUCUGGAUGGUUGCAGUGCCUGUCUGUAGCUCAGAGGCAGAAAGCCCUCUCUCUGUCUCUCUUACUUUCAGAUUCCCAUCUGUGUGUGAUUAUCCAGCACAGGGGAGAGGCGAGCCCACGAGGGGAGAGGAACCAGGGCAGGGAGAGGAGAGAGAGAGAGGGAGAGGGAGAGAGAGAGACGAAGUCCAUACAAGUUAGUUUAGCAGGACCCAAUCAAGACCAGGACACGGGGCAGAGCUGCAUCUGGACGUCUGCAGCGUAGAGAAGUGAAGUCAGAGGCUGAAGCAGAACAAGGAUCUGCUCAGAGGACACUGACUGACACAAAGACGGAGAAGAGGGGGGUGGACUGCCAGGCAAACACAAAUAUGGCUGCUAGAUUUCUGUCCGGCCUCUGCCUUCUCUGCAUCCUCCAAGCUUCUGCCGCCAGGCUCGGGGAGCAGCAGACUGUGCUGAAAGUGUGUGGAAAAGGUUCUUUCCUAAGUGAACAAAACAUUUGUUUACCAUGUAACUGCAAGGGGCAUGCUGACUUCUGUGAAGAUAUUACUGGUGUUUGCAUCAACUGCAGGGACCACAGCACAGGUGAUUUCUGUGAAAUGUGUGAAGAUGGCUACGUUCUGACUCCCAGUCAGGACGGGCGACAUGCCUGCAGAGCUUGCCCCUGCCCCCUUUCCAUUCCCUCCAAUAACUUCGCGUUGCAUUGUGACAGAACAGCUGCCACACUGAGGUGUAAGUGCCAGGAAGGCUAUGCUGGACAUACCUGUGAGAGAUGUGCCCCAGGUUAUUAUGGAAACCCGCUGGUGAUUGGCAGUUCCUGUAGGAGGUGUGACUGUAACGGCAACACUGACCCCAACUUGAUCAUCAACGAAUGCCACAACGUGACGGGCCACUGCCAGCACUGCUGGGGAAACACGGCAGGAGCGAACUGUGAGAGGUGUGCCCCGGGAUUCUACGGCGACGCCAUCACCGCCAAGAACUGCAAAGAGUGUCAGUGCAGUAAAUGUGGCACGUCCUCAUGUGAUGACAGGACAGGAGUGUGUCACUGCAAGCCUGGAGUCACUGGACAGUUGUGCGACCAUUGUGAGGAAGGGUACUCUGGCUUCUCCAGCUGUCAGGGCUGUCGGAGAUGUGAAUGUGGGCCAGCCUCCAUCCGCUCCACCUGCCACCCCCUCACCCACAGCUGUCCAUGUCGUCCCGGGGCUGGGGGUCGUUACUGCGAGCGCUGCCUCCCAGGACACUGGGAUUACAGCGCCUCCGGCUGCAGGAAGUGUAACUGUGAGAGCGGCCACUGUGACAUGCAGACAGGAGAGUGUCUGACUGAGGCUGCAGUCAACAUGUGCAACAACAGCUGUGAUGACUGCAUCUGGCAGCUGGACCGAGACUUAAAGCUGUCCAAUAACACCCUGGAUCAGCUGAAGGUUGGAGUUCUGAACAUCUCCUCUGGUGCCGCAGCUAACGACAGACUCAAAUACUACAACUACACCAGUCAUCAGCUGCGGAGGCACUUYCAAAGCUGGCGAAACAAAUCCUCUGUGAUAAAAGGUCAGACUGAGGAGCUGGAGGAGGCCACCAACAUGCUGGGGACGGACAUCAAAGAGCUCCGAGAGUCGGAGAACCUGGUGAAGAAUCUGGGAAAGAGUUUGGAUGAACAGACGGAGGAGACCUUCACCUCAGCCAAGCAGCUCAGCUCGAAUCUGACGGAUCUGAACCAACUCAUCGAAGAUAUAAUCAAUGACUGGGAACUAUACAGUGUUCAACAAGAAGUGGCUCCAGAGGUGCUCAGACAAAGAACUGAAGAAUCUCAGGACAUGGUGACCUGGAUGAGGAGUCUGGACCUGUCUCCACGAGAACCCAUGGCCACGGACGAAUCCAGCGAGGCCCAUGACUUGCUGAGGCGCAUCCGUCAGCUGGAGAAGAAACUGACGGUCACAGAGAACCGUCUUCCCUCCAUCAAUCAAGUCGUGUCUCAGUUCUCCUCCAGGCUGUCAGAAGCUGAGAGCGUUCUGUCCGGUGCAGCCAGGACUGUGUGGGACGCCGAGGACAAAAACAAAGCCAGCCUGCUCUUAUUUAACAGGAAGGAGGCAAAGCAGCAGAAGCUGACUGAGGAUCACUCAGCUGUCAGCAGCGUCCUGGACACAGGCCGAAGUUUGAUCUCUGAAAGUGACAGGACCGUGGCUCAGGUGGACUCCAUGAUGAAGGGAUCUAAAGGAAAGUGAUGCCAAUGGUUUUGUCCAGAGAGCCAUAAGUGCUGCUAAUGUCUACAACAACAUCAUCAAAUACAUUGACGAUGCCAACAUCACUUCACUGACCACCUUCAACUUGUCCAGGAGGGCUGAAGAUGCUGUCGCUGGGAUCAACACUCAGCUCGGAAACCUGGUGACACAAAGCGACUUUAUUUUCAAGGAUACCGUUUCGUUACAUUCAGAACAACACGAGACAGAAACUAAAGUGGCCGAUGCUUUGAAGUACACAGAGGAGACCAAGGAGACCAUGGAUAAAAACAAGAAAAAGCUUGAAGAAAUAGCUCACGACAUUGGUGAAAUUCAGAGAGACAGAACACAGCAGCGUCUGAACUUUACCUUGGCAGUGGCUGAAAUGACCCUGAACCGUUCUGUGGAGGUCCUGCAGACCAUCACCCCCAUCAGCAGUAAAGUGGAGGAGUGGGCCGGCAACAUGAGGAACAAUGAAUACUCCACAGCUGCUUACGAACAGGCUGUUGCCUCUGCAGGAGAAGCAGUGGAAAACCUGAAUGUUCUGGUCCCGGAGCUGCUGGACAAGCUGAAGGUGGUCCAGAAAAAGACGCCUUUCAACAACGUGACCACCAACAUCAUGAGAGUCAGAGAGCUCAUUUCUCAGGCCAGAAGCGUUGUCAGAAAAGUCCAGGUCUCGAUGCAGUUUAACGGACAGUCUGCAGUGGAGGUUCAGCCGCACUGCAACCUGAACGAGCUGAAGACAGUGACGUCUAUCAGCCUGUUCAUCAAGGUGGACCCAGACAAGGACCCCAUAGAGGACCGGAUCAUCUUAUACUUGGGAGACAGAAAUGGUAGGAAGGACUACAUGGGUUUGGCCAUCAAGAAUGACAACCUGGUAUUUGUGUACAACCUUGGAAGUGAAGAUGUUGAGAUCUCGCUGACCUCCAAGCCUGUCAGCCAGUGGCCUGCAGUCUUUAACCACAUCAAAAUAGAAAGGUUGGGCAGACAUGGAAAAAUCCUCCUGACUAUCCCCAGUCAGGGCUCCACAGAUGAGCAGAAGUUUAUCCACAAAGGUGAAGCUCCAAAAUCCAACUCCCUGUUUGACAUUGACCCCAAGACGUUUGUGUUCUUCGUUGGAGGUGUCCCACCAGACGUCAAGCUGCCACCUCCUCUGAGUCUGGCUCCUUUUGUGGGCUGCAUUGAGUUGUCUUCUCUGAACAAUGGCAUCAUCAGUUUGUACAGCUUCAAACAGACUCACAAAAUGGAUGUUGUUUCAUCACCACCAUGUCCCAGGUACAAACUGGCAUUCUCUGAGAGUCGCAUUGCCAGCUACUUGUUUGAUGGAAAGGGUUAUGCGCUCAUCAGUAACAUGGAGAGGAGAUCAAAGUUUGGUGUUGUCACAAGAUUUGAUAUUGCCGUGCGAACUGUCGUGAAGGAUGGUGUCAUUUUCCUCAUGGUGAAGGGGGAUCAAUUCUUCCUCUUAGAAAUAAAGAAUGGUUUCUUGAACUUGAUAUAUGACUUUGGCUUCAGCAAUGGGCCAAAACAUUUUGAAGACGAUGCACCAAAGCGCCGAUUAAAUGAUGCAAGAUACCAUGAGGUGUCAGUGAUCUACCAUCAGUCUAAGAAGGUUAUUCUGCUGGUGGACAGGAGCCAUGUUAAAACAGUUGAUAACCCUAAAACCACACUGCCCUUCUCAGACAUCUACAUAGGCGGGGCUCCCUCUAGUGUCCGCAAAGUCAGGCCAGAGCUUUCCUCUGUGGUUGGCCUGAAGGGCUGCGUGAAAGGAUUUCAGUUCCAGAAAAAAUACUUCAACCUACUGGAAGAGCCUGGCACCAUUGAUAUCAGCAGCGGCUGCCCAGAAGAGUCAUUUAUGUCUCGUGAAGCUCACUUCACUGGUGAGAGCUACCUGGGAUCCACCGCAAAGAUUUCACCAUUCGACAGCUUUGAGGGAGGCCUGAACUUCAAAACACUUCAGCCCAGUGGUCUCUUGUUCUACCACAGUCAGGGGUCUAACGAGUUCAGCAUCUCCCUGGAGAAUGGAGCAGUGGUUCUGAAUAACAGAGGAACUAAAGUCAAAUCAGAGAAGAAACACUACAGUGAUGGAAGAGCUCACUUCUUACUGGCUUCAGUCAACAAUCAGAACCAUCAACAGCCACAGUGUCCUCAUCUGAUUCUUCUGAAAAGACCUUCUACUACGGAGGUUCUCCAAGCAGCAGCUUCAAGAACUUCACAGGCUGCAUCAGCCACGCCUACAUCAACAGACAAGACCAGGACAUUGAGGCUGAGGAUUUUCAGAAGUACACAGAGAAGGUUGAAGUGUCUCUGCAGGACUGUCCAGUGCAACGCCCUCCUGCUGCGCUGCUGUCCAGACAGAGAGACAGCACUUCCAGAGCCAAACACAAGGUUACCAGGGAUAAGUUCAGCCUUCCUCUAAAGCACAAAGAUCACAGGAGUGAUGACGGGGAUCCAUCCGAGCCACGCACUGAAUCCUGUUACCUUUCCUCCAGUCCACGAGCAACACGCCAAGCCUUCCAGUACGGGGGCAUUUUCAACAGCAGGCAACAUUACACAGACCUCCCUGACUCACUCUCUGACAG